CGACCCCCCCCUCCCGCCCCCCGAGGGCCCUCUGGGGACUGGGACUGAUCCCCAGGUUCGGGCUCGGCCCCUCCGGCUUCCUCGCCCUUGUCCCGGAGGCGGCCCCACGGGCGGCGCUGGCUUUGUCUGCCCAGAUCUCCCGCGAGGGGCUGGAGGCCUUGGCCCGGACCCCGCUAAGCCGAACUCCGGCCCCGGGCGGAGUGAGAGCCCCAGCGGGCGACCAGCCUGGCGCUGGGGCUUCAAUAGCCCUCGCCCUGUCCGCGUUCCCGGACGGGUGCGCGCCGGAGUCGCGCGGGGGUGGCAGAGCUCGGGGAGAGGGGGGCUGGACCGCCGCCUUUAGGGGCUCUGCCUCCUGUCCCCUGUAACGAACCCAGGGAGGGGCACUCCCUUCGGCUCAGGCCGAGGGUAGAGGAUGGGUGCAGACCCGGGAGGGCCGUCCCCUCCCCUGCCCCGCGGUGGGUGUGUACCGAGUCGCUCACCCGGGCGGUGCGCCUCACUCUGCCCUGCACGGGUUUGGGGCGGCCCGAGUUUGAGUAGGUGGUGACCCAGCUUCUCCGCGUUCGUCGUUGGAGGUUGUGCUUGGGAGCAGAGCCGAACUCCUGACCUAACUGGAGCUUCGGUGGAGUUGGCUGGUCUCGCGCCGCUCCUCCUGCUGGGGAGGGGUGGUGGUGCGGGUGGGUGGAAAGUGUGUAUGUGUGUGUAGGGGUGAUUAUGCGGCUGGAUAGGAAGUGCGCGCGCGUGUGUGUGUGUGUGUGUGUGUGUGUGUGUUGGGAGGGGAACCUGCGGCACACGUGUGAAGUUGGUCUGCUAGAAGCGCUCCCUGCUGUGGGGAGUCAGGGGGAAGGCGAUGGCCCCAGUACUGGCAGUGGCCUCUGGCUGCCAGCGGCGAUGAGUGCGGCUGUGUGUGUGUACAAGCUGAGCGACUGUCCCGGGGUGCUGGUGUCUGGGGGGCAUCAAGUCAUGCUGAGACACCAGUGCAGGGCGUUACACUGGAGCCUCUGCUGGUGUGCUCACUCCAGUGAUCUGCUCCCUAGAGGUCUUCCUUCCCGGAUGGGGGUGGCUGGGGCUGAUAGGAGUGGGUGUAGCUGCCUGCCAAAGCCUCAAAACUAGCCUUCCAACUACCCUUUGACCUCAAAGAAGGGGAAGUUAGUGUCUGCUGAGUGCUUGGGCCACCCUUCCCUAUUUGUGAAGGGAAACCUGGGGUCUAGGCCGCCAGAGCCCACCCAGCACCCCUUUAUCCCUUCGACAUUCAACUAGCCCAGUGGUUGGCAGAGGCACCCUUCCUUCCUUCCAGAGAUCCUCCUGGGACCCUCAGAAUGCAGCACAUACUCUUCCAUCUUGGCCCCAUGUACCCUUCUAGCUCCUCUCUCAACUGUCUCCAAACUUUGUCCCAGUCCGAUGAUCCCUAGGGUCUGGGAGACAGGCCACCAGAGGGAUUUUCCCCUCCUCUCCUGCUGCAUCGCACUUUGUUCCCACCUUCAGCUGGAGAAUUUCUUGCUCUCUCCAUCCCCACAUCUUUGAACUGCUCCGCUUGGACCAUCAAAUGUGACUUUCAGGUCAUUUAACAAAGCAUGAUGGAGAGUCUGUGGGGUGCCAGACGUGCCCGGUGCUGUUUGCAGGCACUGUUCCAGGCUCACAACUCCCUGAGAGACCGUAGGCCCUGUGUGGUCUUACAGCCCAGCCUGGACAUAGGUGGUCGGUGCUCAGUGGUGUUUUAUUGAUUUGUACUUGGUCUCCCCUUAGGCAGCAUUAUUAUUCAGGCAAGCGGGAGUGCAAGCCCACUGGUGCUUCUGGAGGUGGCUCCUUUAGGAAGAAAAGGCAUGGGGGGGAAGGGGCUGCAGAGGGUGGGCUGCCCAGGGAAGUUCCCUCCUUUACCAACUGGGCAGCUGUGCUCAUCUCUGAGGACAGGUGAGGGUGCCUCCCUCCCCGUAUUUGAGGAUGGGAGGACAAAGCUCAUGCCCUGUGUUGGAGGGGAGGGGACUCCGCCCUGCAAAUCAUGGUGAUAGUGGAAGCCAGGGAGUUCUGGGCUUCCAGAAACAUUAUCUAAGGCCCCACUUGGGUCACCAUGUGCUCAGAGAUUGGACUUAUUUUCUAUUUGGCCUUGCCUACAGAGUGCCAUUGUGCCAGUCCUGGGCAACCUGUGCUGGAUGUAAAACCUAGUGGAAGUUACGGACAAGUUUGCAAGCAAUUCCGUGCACGGUUUAAGAGUGUGGUAACGGUGAGUUUACUGAGACUUACUCUUGGUGGACACAGAUGCCAAGCUCUUUCCUGAACACUUCACUUGCUUGAACUCAUUUAACCCUUGACACGACACAGUAUGAUAGAUAAUGUUAUACGCCCCAUAUGACAGAUGAGGAAACUGUUCUGGAGAGGUCACAGACUACUCGCCUAAAGUCUCAGUGUGAGCAGGUUUUCUCAUUUCUAAUGUAGACCGUGCCUUCGUAUGAAAGUUGGUUAGUACACUGCACAAGCCUGGCCCGUAGUGGAGCUACUAGGUCCUUCAAUGCAGCAGCCCUUUUAUCCCCUGCUUCUGAAAGCAUCUCAUCGGUCCAGGCACGUAGCAGGCACCCCGGAACUCCUGUUGAGUGACGGGUGAAGUAGCUUCAGCCUCCCUUGGGCCAGCGAAUGGGCCGACCAGCACUGCCAUGCAGAGAAGAUUGGGGCGUGAGUCAUGGCCUCUAUCUGUCUAGAUAGAUCAGGGUUUGCUGUGGUAACAGUCCCCAAAUCUCAGAGGCUUAAAGCAGCAGAGGUUUAUUUAUUGCUCGCACCGCAUCUGUCCCAAAUCUGCUUUCUGUUCUCACUGCGGAACCCAUGCUGAUUAAUUGGAACAUUCCUGGUCCCUUGGACAGGGGGACAGAGCUCAUGACCAGUCUCACCCUGGCUCUUAAAACUUCCACCUGGAAGCGGCAUUUCACUGGCCAAAGCAGCCACGUGGGCCUACUUAUACUUACAAGGUGGGGUGGCGAAGGGGAUUGGGAACAUUUGGUGAGUGGCACUAAAUGCUUACCGUCUGCCUACCGUGGUGCCCUCCUCUGUGAUGUCUUCCCAAGGCCUGGGUCUGAGUGUCACCAGAAACAGUGAUCAUGAAUUAAAGAAGCACUGUUUAGGCUAAAGAUGAAUCGAAGUGCCACAUUUGAAGGGCAGGGGUAGGGUGAACAAGAAAGAGUGUUAGGGUGGGAAGAGGUAGUCUGCAGAGGCAGCCUGCUGGUCUGAUCCCACGCCAGUGACUUGGGUUCCUUGGGUUUCAUUUAUUCAUUCGUGGGCCCAAGGACUAGUGAGUUCCAGGCCAUGGAUGAUUUCUACUAAGCAUAUAUUCAGCUCUUAGCCCAGUACUAGGGACUGUGACCUGGGUUAAUGAGCCUUGUUUUCUGCUGCUCAGUCCUAGUGGCCUUUGAAGAGGGAUGUUAAUGUCUAUGCGACGGAAAGUUGGCUCCUGCUCCAGCCCUUGGAGUUCAGCCCAUGGAGUUCUUGGCCUUCCCCAUGCUUUACCUGUAUGUGGCUAGUAGGGUCAACCACCUUUCCUAGAAACAGGAGCAGGUAGAGGCACCCCUCUAGGUCUUCACCUUCCUCUUCCAUCUCUGAGACUCUGGGGCUGAGCUUGUAGGCCUGCGGGUGUGGGGAAAGGAAAGGUAGUGAGUUACUAAGGGACAGAACCCCAUGGAGAAAAGCUUGAUUGGGUGUGGGGCUGGGGUGAUUCUCUGGCCUGUUGAAGGGGGCCGAACCCCUCUGUUCCCUGCAGUUUUCCACUCAAGUCGCCCUUGCAGGAUGUUAAAGAGCCCACCACACUGUGGAACUUGCUUUUGUGCUUUGUCACCUGCUUGUUCUUUGGUGACUUCCAGCAGGGCCAGGAAACACUGGUGGAGGCGUGAGACCUCAGGUUCUUCUGCAUUGGGUUAACUUACUAUCCUUCGUCCUAUUUCCUCCUUUUCCAGAGCCUCUGCUUUCCCACCUCUGGAAAGAGGGAGAGGUCAUGGUGGGUUACCACAGCGGGCUUGCUCCUGGCUGGCCGUCAUAGUUCCCAGGGUACUGCGUAGACCCGUGCUCUGUGAAUCUUCGGUCCAGGUGAAUGGCAACUGGCUUGUCUUCUCUUCCAUUAUAGCGGUGUCCUCCAUGAAUCUGUGUGGGAUACUCAUACUUGUCUCUACGUCCAUUUUCUCCCUCACGGCAUGUUUUCUGGCUCAGACAAGGGCAGAUGCCUGUGUGGGAACAGCACAGGCCCUGGUUGGUAGGAAGUGUUCAGAGCCUCUGCCAGUUAAGCAUUAAGACGAAUAACCUUGUUCGGCCUGUAGGGUGGACAGUGGGGAGGCCAGCUUUCGGGUUGUAUCUGCUUUGUAGCUGAGUGACCCUGUAGACACGUCUUUGAUUUUGUUUUCUUUGUUCCUCCUCCUGGACUUGAUGUUCUCAUCUGUAAUGAGGGAGGAAUCUGCCCUUCCUGUCUCUCAUGGGGUUACUAUAAAACUCAAGUGCGCACUUCAGGUCCGGGAAGCAGAAUGUUAGGCCUGACACUCUGGUUUGGGGCUCAGCAGAGUGCUCACCAGCAGCUGGUUCCGGGAACCCCACUUCCUCUGCUCUUGGGCUUGGUGGGGUUGGGUGGGGCUGGGCCAGGCUCUGCUGUGCUGUGGUUUUUCUCUUGGAGGCCUGGUAAGCUGAGCUUAAGUGGGCCUGGGCAGGCUGGGAUUAAACUCUUCACUUCUUGAGGUCUGUCUGUUCUGCUUCCCUUGCUGAGCAGCCAGAGAGAAGGCUUAGAAUCCUGGCGUCCAUCAGCUAGGUAACUGGAGGGACUGGCUCCUCUCUCCUUAGGGGUCUGUCAGCCUGUGCUGUGUGGCAAGAGUCACGGCAGUUGGCUCUACAGCGGCCCCCGGGAUCCUGGGUAAGAGAUCCCGCCUCUCGGAAGAUGCACUAUUAUAGAUACUCUAACGCCGAGGUCAGCUGCUGGUAUAAGUACCUCCUUUUCAGCUACAACAUCGUCUUCUGGUUGGCUGGAGUUGUCUUCCUUGGAGUCGGACUGUGGGCAUGGAGCGAAAAGGGGGUGCUGUCCGACCUCACCAAAGUGACCCGGCUGCACGGAAUCGACCCUGUCGUGCUGGUCCUGAUGGUGGGCGUGGUGAUGUUCACGCUGGGGUUCGCUGGCUGCGUGGGGGCCCUGCGGGAGAACAUCUGCCUGCUCAAGUUUUUCUGUGGCACCAUCGUGCUCAUCUUCUUCCUGGAGCUGGCUGUGGCCGUGCUGGCCUUCCUCUUCCAGGACUGGGUGCGGGACCGGUUCCGGGAGUUCUUCGAGAGCAACAUCAGAUCCUACCGGGACGACAUUGACCUGCAGAACCUCAUUGACUCCCUGCAGAAAGCUAACCAGUGCUGCGGUGCCUAUGGCCCUGAAGACUGGGACCUCAACGUCUAUUUCAAUUGCAGCGGCGCCAGCUACAGCCGCGAGAAGUGUGGGGUGCCCUUCUCCUGCUGCGUGCCGGACCCUGCGCAAAAAGUUGUGAACACACAGUGCGGAUAUGAUGUCAGGACCCAGCUGAAGAGCAAGUGGGACGAGUCCAUCUUCACAAAAGGGUGCAUCCAGGCACUGGAGGGCUGGCUUCCACGCAAUAUUUACAUCGUGGCCGGUGUCUUUAUCGCCAUCUCCCUGCUACAGAUAUUUGGCAUCUUCCUGGCGAAGACCUUGAUCUCGGACAUUGAGGCCGUGAAGGCAGGCCAUCACUUCUGAGGGACAGAGGUGAGCAAGCAGAGCUGAGCCACGCCGUGGAGGCCAGAGCCCUUCCCCGUUGUCACCUCCGUGUCCAGAGGGAGGAAGUGGAUGCACCCAGCCAGAGCCGGCGCCCUGUCUUCGGCAUCAGCGUGACAUGACCUCUCUGCUUCUGUUGGCUGGUGCUGAAGACUGAGGGGCCCCCCUCUAACCCGCACAAACUUGUGACUGAGACGCUCUCCCCCCGCCACCACUUGGGGUCUACCCAGAGACGGAGAACGUGUCUUUAAGCGGGGCUGGCGACUGAGGGACAGAAGGCCCCUGUGGCUGUGAAGGGGGCCUGACUCAGUUCUCCUGGAGACCGACUGUGUCUGCGGGGCACCCUGACCGCCCCACUCAUGUUAUUGGUGCCGGCCCGGAGGGCAGCCAUCUGCUGUGAGUGGGACAUGGGGGGGGGGGGGGGAGGGGUGGACCAGAAGACACGGACAAGGCUUCUCCCAGCAGCAGAAGGGUGCUGCCUGUAAUUGGGGAGGGGAAGGGACACAAGUGGACCGUGCCAGCGGAGCCUGUGGUGUCUGCACGACUCGGGGAUGUUUGCAGGAUCCUCAGCCACGUUCAAGUAAGCCUGAGCCAUGUGUGGACCGGUGCCACGGAGGACCUCCUCUGCCGCCCCUUCCAGGGCAGGAACCGCCCCUCGUCUCAAUAGCAUUAUGCCCAGAUGGCACGGGGGCAUGGGCAGGGUUCUCCUCUGAGAGUCGGCUCUUCUUUUCUUAAAGCGUGUAAAUAGUUUAUUUAUAGGGAUAAGAAUGUUCUCACACCAUUUCUUCAUUUCCUCUGGCAUUCCCUCUAAGCAGCCUUACGCGGUGUCUGGGACUGAAGCCAUCCCUUUCAGUUCCUUUGAGUGUCUCAAGACCCAACCCCAUCAGCUUCUCCUUUUCAUCCCUAAUGACCCAGGUGCACAUGCGCGCUCCCCCUUCCUCCGUGCACCCCCCCAGCACACACGCACCUGUGCCCCUCCCCUGCUUGGCCUCACUGUCUUCUGGUCUUGGUGCUACUGAAACUGUCAUCCGGAACUUGAAUCCUGACCUCCCCCCCUGCCCGCUGCGAGGCCGAGGAGCCCCAGCCUGAGAGAGCCGGCCCGGAACCUUUGACCAGGGCAGCUUUCGAGGCCACGUGGUCAGGGCCGCUGGCCGGCCUGGCAUUUGCCUCCCCCUGGAGUGAAUCUAGCCCGGCUCCUGCGCAGAGCCGCAGACCCCAGCCUGCAGCUGUGUAGAAGCUUGGGAUGGUUUUUUUUUUUUUUCCUCCCCUAACUUUUGUGAUGACCUCCCCCCACUGUCCCCAAACAGGAUAUCUGUGGUGACCGUGUCUACCCUUCCUGGCAGGGCUAUCCUGGGGCUUGCUCUUGGAAAUGAAGUCUGUCUGAUGUACUGAAUGGUUCCCCCCGCCAGGGACAGCUGGGGCAUUUGUGCGUCUCUGGGCUACUUUCUAACGCUUCUCUGGAUCUCGUGCCCGUUCUGUCCUCAUCGUUCAGGGAUCGAGUGCUACCUUCACUUACUCGCAGAAGUGUACAUGCUAGUGUGGUAUAUCCUGGUGGGUGUUUGUUGAUGAUGUUAUGAUACAGUUUUUUGUUGUUGUUGUUGUUUUUUUUUUUUACAGUUUUCUCUGUAGACUAGAGGAAGAAGGAUGCUUGUGUUUUCAGGAAGUGUAAUGCUUUUCUUUGACCGCCAAACUCUUUUAUGGAAUAUAUCUUUGUAUUAAU